UUCAGAUGACCAUACUUUGGUUGCUUUAUCUGCUUCAAGCAGCAUACGCGGGAAAGAUUACCUGGCAAGAGAAUUGGAUGCUGAAGGAAAGGUGCAACGCCAAAGGGACAGGUAUUUGGCGUCUUUCCAACGGAAGUGAUUGGCAUCUGAAUUCAGUGCAGCCACCAACGCGAUUUGCUGCCAACCAGGUGAAUUUGCCAUUUGCGGUUGCAUUGUCCCGGAUCAGAGAGACUUUCUAUUACGAACCUUAUUCCAAAGUGAUAGGUCCUGAGAUAACCUUAGAAUCACCCGCCUGCAGCGGCGUCCUGAUAUCAUCUCGCCAUAUCCUGACUGCUGCACAUUGCUUAUUCCUGAAUAAAGAGUUUACGUGUAAACAAAGUUUACCACUUCGUAAACUUACCGCCCAGAAAAUUCGUGUUUUUCUUGGAAGCUCUAGGGGUGCAACGUGGAGGGAUAACGAAAUGGUUGAAGUGGCUUCCGUACACGUGCAUCAAGACUAUGAUGACGUAUACGAAGCAUGUAGAAAUAAAACUUCAAAUGAUAUAGCUGCGAUUGAGCUCAAGCAAGACGUACGAAAUUCUCCUAUCUGCAUGCCCAAAGGGAAUGCUAAUACUCCUCAAAACCUCGUAUCCAUCGGAUACGGAAAAUACAAAGGGGAUGAGUCUUUACAAGCCGUAGUUCACAACAAAAUAUUCAAAGAAAGUGCUAUUGUGGCCUACACUAAGUAUAAGAAUGAAUCCAGUAUCGCUGGAGACAGUGGUGGGCCAUUAAUUCAGCACCUGUUUGGAAAACACUAUCUUGUCGGUAUAUUAUCGUCAUUUGUGAUAGAAACUGUUACGACAAAACAGGGGCAGACAGUACCUACUGGAGAAGUGUCAAGCCGAUUUGUCGAUGUGCGAGAGCAUGUGGAUUGGAUUUGCGAAAAGACCGGAGUCUGCCCGCUUCCCGAAGGUUCUGAGGACCAGGAGCAACCAUCCCCCACAGCGUCCGGAUGGUUACUCAACCCACUCUGACGACUUCCGCCAGGAAUGAAAGAAAAAAAUCAGAGUGAAAUUUUGAACUAACUACAUUAUCUGUUGCCGAUAAACGAUUUGCAUCACC